AUGAAUAACAACGCCUCAUAUUAUGAGCUUUACCGGGGUAGCAGUAUCGGGAUGUCCCUCAUCGAUACUCUCGAUGAACUCGUUCACUCAGGUCGGCUCGAGCCUCAGACUGCCAUGAAAGUCAUUUCUACCUUUGAUAAAUCCAUCACAGAAGUUCUAGCAGAUCGUGUCAAGACGAGACUGAAUUUCAAGGUAGGACAUCUUGAUACCUAUCGCUUCUGCGACGAUGUGUGGACAUUCUUGGUCAGCGAUGUGAACUUCAAAAUGGAGAACCAGCUCAACGUCUCGGCGGAUAAGAUCAAGAUCGUUAGCUGCAAUGCUAAGAAGCCUGGUGAUCCACAAUAA